AUGCAGAGCCCAGCACCUUCAAGCGCAGGAGGCGCGACGCCUCAGAUCGCUCUCUCUCCAGUAGAGAGGAGCGCUUUUGCGCAUCUCUUCAACCUCGCCGACCCGGAGCGAACAGGCAUCGUGACUGGCGAUGCGGCUGUCGCCUUCUUCGCCAAAUCAAAGCUCCCACCCGCUGUCCUCGGCCAGAUUUGGGCCAUGGCCGACAGUGCCAACAAUGGCUUCCUCACACCGCCUUCUUUCAGUAUCGCGUUGCGUCUCAUCAGCCAUGCUCAGCGAGGAGAGACCAUCACUGAUGCCUCCACCAAGCGUCCCGGACCUCCACCCACCAUGGAAGGCGUCAAUUUGCCACUGACCGCACAGCUCACCGGAGGCCAGUCAGGAAGCGCCGUUCCUACCAACAUGCCCGGCGUCAUCGAGAUCAAGACCGAGGAUCGCGCCCGCUAUACUCGCAUCUUUGCCAACUCCGGACCUGUGGGCGGCAUCAUCGACGGCGACCGCGCCAAGGAGAUCUUCGUCAAGUCAAAGCUGCCCUUUGACAAGCUCGGUGCCAUCUGGAACCUUGCUGAUACGCAGGCUCGUGGAGCGUUGGACCUCACCGACUUUAUCAUCGCCAUGCACUUCAUCCAAAACACCAUGAACGGCACGCUCAACUCGAUCCCCGCUGCUCUUCCUCCCGGUCUCUACGAACAAGCCAAGGGAUCCGGCGGUGCUGGCUCGCGUGUCCUUCCGGGCUCGCCUCUCGCUGCUCAAAACACCGGCGGCUCUGCCUCUGGCUUUGGCUCUUCUGGCAUUCCUCGUCAGAUGACUGGCUCCUCUUUCCCCCAGCCGGCCUUCCAGCCACCACAGCAAAGCGCUCCCGCGGCGACCGCUCCCUGGGACGUCAAGCCGGACGAGAAAGCUCGUGCCGACCAAUUCUUUGAUGGUCUCGACGUCAGCAAACAAGGCAAGCUCGAUGGUGCUGCUGUCGUCCCCUUCUUCAUGCAGAGCAAGCUCACCGAACCCGUCCUCGCUCACGUCUGGGACCUGUCCGACAUCACCCAGAGCGGCACACUCUCCAAGGAAGAGUUCGCUGUAGCGAUGCAUCUGAUCAACGACCAGCUUGCUGGCAAGCCGUUGCCGCAGGCGCUGCCUCCCAGUCUCGUGCCUCCCUCGAUGCGGAGCUUGGACCUUCCUGCUGCUGUCAAUCCGCAACAGUCCGACACCCAAAAGGACCUCUUCUCUCUGAUGGACGACGAUCCGCCUGCGCCAGCCAUCUCCGCCUCGUCAGCUUUCAUUGCCCCUUCUGCCGCAGCUCCUGUAGUCACGGGUGCACAAAGCACGCCAUUUGGUAGCACCGCUGCGGCUCAGCGCUCUGCACCUGGCCCCUUCGACGAUGACUUCUUCGGCGGGGGUGGGAGCUCAAGCACGCCUACGGCAGCCCAGCCUCAGCCUGUUGCAAGGGCUCUGUCGCCGGCUGCUACAGGCGGAAGCUUCGGCAGUGCUUCAGCUUUCAGGUCGCCUGGCCUCGCUUCUCCUGGUAUUGCCUCGCCUUCGGCGUCCACCUCGCGUCUUGGCACCUUUGCUGCAGCCGCGCCAGCCGCCGCUGCAGGUGUCGGCGCUGGUGCUGCACUCGGUGGUGCAGGUGGAAAUGAUCAGAGCGCCGAGUUUGGCAACAAGUCGAUCCAGCUCCAGAGCACCGAGAAGGCCGUCUCAGAUCUGCAGUCACAGCGCGGUACCCUCGAGUCGUCUAUUGCGACGAACGCCUCGUCCCUCGCUGAGCUCGAGACACGCCUCUCCACCGUUCGAGGUCAGCACGAGUCUGAGACCAAACUCGUCAAGGAUCUCGAGGACCGCCAACAGAAGCAGAGCGCCGAGCUCAAGACGCUGCGUGAAGACGUCAUUCGCGAGGAGAGCGAGCUCAGCGCGCUCAAGGCCGAAAAGGACGAGCUCGAGCAGGCCCUCAUGCGUGACCGUGAAGACGUUCGUGACAUGAAGAAGCGCAUGAACGACGUCCAGACCGAGACCAAGUCACUCAAGGAGCAGCUGGAGAAGCUUCGUAAGGAUGCUAGGCAGCAGAAGGGUCUCGUUGCGAUCAGCAAGAAGCAGCUCGCGACUGCUGAGGGUGAUCAGGAUAAAACCGCUAGCGAGAUCGAGGCGGUGCAGCGAGGAGAGCUGGGCGACGAAGAAGUUGGUGCUGCCGGUCUGGCGCCCACUUCUCGUGGCACUGCAGCCGACUCUGUGGUCAGUCCUGCCGCCAGCACGCGAAGCUACAACCCCUUUGACCGCUUUGGAGCUGGAGCAGGGUCGCAGCCUGCUACGCCCACGACGGGUCAACACCCAUCUGUUGGCACUUCGCUCGCCGCUGGCGCGGGUGCAGGUGCGGUGCUGGGUGGCGUUGUCGCUGCUGCCACUCAUCACGACGAUGGCUCACACGAGACCCAGCAAGACACCCGUGAAGCAGAUCCGUUCGGAGUCCCUGAUACCGAGCCGCAGCAGGGCGUCUCCAGUCUAGGAUUUGAUGAUGCCUUUGCAAUUCCCGCCGAGUCCACUGCCACCUCUGCUUCUGCACCGGGUCAUGCUCCGGCCACAUCAACUGACUUCGACGACAACUUUGGUGACGACUUCGGCGCCACUGCUCAGGCCGUGCCUGCAUCGAGUGCCGAGCCGACCGUCAGUGGUCGCCACGAUGCCUCUGAACUAGCUGCUGCUGGUGGUCUUGGCGCUGGCGCAGGCCUGCUCGGUGCAGGAGCACUUCGCACUGACGAACCAUCGAAGCAGCUCGAGUCCGACCCGGCAGCCUCCGGACCUUUCGGCAGUGACGCUACCGCGGCAGACAUGAACCGUCCUGACGCAGCCGACGCAGACGAGGAUGAGGACAGCUCGGAUGACGAGGAUGACGGACCCGAGGAGGUCGGCGGCUACAAGGCUAGAGGAUACGACACGCCUGUGGGUGGCGCUGCGGAUCGCUUCCCCGACGUCGACGCACAGGCAGACCAGGACGGUGCACGCACCGUUCCCGGCGGCCUUGAAGAUGUGACCGAGGUCCCCGCCUCGUCAGCUCCAGUCGACCCAACUGCGAUUGGCGAGAUCGGCGGCCGCACUGCAUCGACGACCUCUAUCGCUCCUGUCAGCCGCCAAGACACCGUCUCGAGCGACCUCAACGAGUAUUCCGCCCUUGAAUCGGCGCAGACUAAGGAUGCGGACAGCAGCCACAUGGGCGCAGGUACAGCUGCAGCCGGUGGCAUUGGUCUUGCCGCGUUGACCGCCGGUGCAGGCGCCUCGACCUUGGGCGAACGAGGCCACGGUGACGAAACUCCCAACGUCACCACGCCAGCGGACGACAAUGUGCCUCUCAGCCAGCUGCUUGGCUCGCAGAAGACCUUGGAGCCUGCUACCGGCCUAGACCCCAGUGCCAGCCCGACUCUAUCAACGAGGGCCCGACGUGCUCCACCUCCGGCUCCGGUUCGUAGCGCGACCACACUCUCGACAUCUUCGGCCAACGCUCGUCCUGUUGCCCCCACCGUGCUCGCUGCUGAGCCAACCACCACUGCUGGAACCGCUGAUCCCGUCACGGCUGUAGGCGAGUCCAGCGGCGCGUCCACCAACCCGUUCGGCAUGGACGACUUUGGCAGCGCUCCUGCAGCUUCGACCGUGCCGCAGCAGAAGGCGACAAACGACAGUGGAAGCGGCAGCAACUUUGACGACUUUGAUUCGGCAUUCGAGGAUCUCGGUCCCUCUGAGGCGGUUCCUACAGCGGCUGCGGCAGGUGCAACAGGUGCAACUACUGGCGGAGCGUCGACCGGGUUUGACGAUGCCUUUGACAACGAUUUCGAUUUUGUGCCGUCGUUCAGCGCUCCUGGUGCUGCUGCGGGCGGUGACGGUGCUAGUCGAGGUGUUUCCACCUCAGGUGCUGCUGGAGCAAACAAUGCAUUCGACGACUUCGAUGCUGCGUUCGAUAGCAAUGCUGGUGCUCCCAAGACGACCGGCGCAGGCGCAUUCAGCGGUUCCGCUUCUGCUUUCCCAGCUGUCGGUGCAGCUGCCGGACUCGGCGCUGCUGCAGGCUCAACUUCGGCCAGCACCGCUGACCGCGGCACAUCCUCGGGCUUCAGCUUUGAAGACGCCUUCGACCCCACCUCCUCUUCCACCGCCGCCGCACCCGCACCUGCACUCAACACUGCCGUGACCUCCACCUCGACUCCCGGUGUGACCUCCCCCACCGCCCCAGCCGGCACCUACGCCCCGCCCCCCGGCCCACCUCCCGGCUUCAGCUCUUCCGCUCCGCCACCCGUCCCCGCUCGCUCAACAGCCAUCGCCGAGGCGGAGGACUACACAGGCGCGCUCCCGGACGACGCGGCACCCGUCAAGCAGCUCUGCGGCAUGGGCUUCACGCGCGCCAACGUCAUUCUCGCGCUCGAAAAGUCCAACUAUCGCACAGAGAAGGCUCUCGAGCGUCUGCUCGCUUCAACGUAA